AUGGCACAAGAUCCUAGCCAUAAUCUUGCCUUGCAACUUUGUUUGGAGGAUCUCAACGAGUUGGGACAUCGACAGAAGGGAAAACAGACGGCGGGCAAACCAACAGACCUGGAAUUAGCGAUCGCUUCCAUGAGAGAUGACCUCCUCGCUACCCAAAAAAUUUUGAUGUCUAUCAUGUAUGACGAAAGCGUUGCUCGACAUGAUCAUCAAUUGGCGAGGGGAAUAGAUGGAGAGGAGCAUGAAGUACUCGAUACUGUUGGCGAGGGCAACUCUAGACAGGAAUUUGACGAUAGCGACGCUAUCUCCACAGUAAUAGGAGAUCUGAUGGAGCGGAUGCAUCUAAAUAGCAAAGCUGUUGAAAGAGGAACCCCUGUGCGUUUGACUCCAACGCAUCGUACUACCAAGCAGUGCGGCUCCUGUCUGGAUGAUACUGAUAUUUUUUUCGAAAGCGCCUGUGGUCACGGAUUCUGCAGAGAUUGUAUCAGGCAAUUGUUUCUUGGUGCCAUUAAAGACGAGGAGUUGUACCCACCACGCUGUUGUGGUCAAAUUAUACCCCCUGGUAUCACUCUACGGAUCUUGACGUAUCAUGAACUUCAGGAUUUCGGCGAAAGAGCUAUCGAUAUACUGCAAAAGAUCGAAUUUACUGUGCAGAGCUCACAUGUUCGAAAUUCAUCCCACCUUCCGCAAUUCGCAGCGACCAUGAAUGUCCUAGCUCUAGCGGACACUGAGAACUGGAUGCGAUGCUUAACUGCCGAACGCUGGUCGAGCUUCAACACGGUCGUAACCAUAUCACUUGCCGCUGCGGUCAUGAAUUUUGCUACGUCUGCGGGGAGGUGUGGAAGAAUUGUGAUUGUCCCCUGUGGCAUGAGAACAGACUAGAGUAUAUGGCCAACCAAGCAGUCGGUGAUGAGGUGGAACCUGGGGCGGAUCCCCAAGUUCGCCAGGGCAUUUUCAAUAAAAUUAUCGAGAACGUACGCCAUCACGAAGACGUGGGGUGCGAACACUAUAGAAACUCUCAGUGGGCUUGGCGGAAUCCAGGCAAUUUGCAAUGCGAAGUUUGCAACCAUUUUCUUCCGGAAUACAUCUUUAUGUGCACCAAUUGUCGUAUGAGGGCAUGCAAAAGGUGUAGAAAGCAUCGAUUACGGUAAUUGAAUUGUUAAUUGACGACAGUGAGCCGGUCCUUUCUGUCCCCCAUUGGAGGCGAGAAUUAAGUCGAAUACCUGGAUGACUGAACAAAGCCUAUACAAAUAGCCUCAUUAACCAGCUAAUUAUAUCCAGUAGAGCAAAAUAGCAAAAUUA